GGAAAGUACGAUGAAUCAGAGGAGAUGAAUCGGCGUGCGCUGGAGGGGAGCGAGAAGGUUCUUGGGCUAGACCAUCCCAACACCCUAAAAAGCGUCAACAACCUUGCUCAGGUGCUACAAGACCAAGGAAAGUACAGCAAUUCAGAGAUGAUGAACCGGCGUGCGCUUGAGGGUUAUGAGAAGAUUCUUGGAUUAGACCACCCCCACACCCUAACAAGUGUCAAUAACCUUGCUUUGGUGCUGCAAGACCAAGGAAAGUACGAUGAAUCGGAGAAGAUGAAUCGGCGUGCACUUGUAGGCCGCGAGAAGAUCCUUGGGCCAGACCACCCCAAUACCCUAACAAGUGUCAGCGACCUUGCUCUGGUGCUGAAAUGUCAAGGAAAGUACGGUGAAUCAGAAACGAUGAAUCGGCGUACACUUAAGGGGCGCGAGAAA